GUUGAGUAAAAUUUAUUCAAAUUAUCAUUUGAUCUGAAAUUCUAUAGGACUACCAUUUGCAGUGAUUAACAUCAAGCAUCCGUCAUAUCCUGAUUUGCGCAACGGCCAACAGGCGACAGUCAAGGCGCGAGUUUACUAACGCUGAACCAAAUCACACAUUAACUUAUUUACGUAGGUCAGACGUUUUAAAUGCUAUUAUAUUUCGACCAAUAGAGACGAAGACGAACUCCGGAUUAUAUAAGAACUCGCAAUACUAUAAUUCCUGCCCAUAAUAUAGUUUUGCGCAAAAAGAAGAGUUAGAAAUAUAAAAGAAUGUAUCUUGGGGAGAGAUUGUGCUCAGCAUUUGCCCUAUGGCUAUUAUUAUAUGGAUGUAGUCUAGUUACAGGGAAAUGUUCUGGGAGGUGGGCAAUACACGCGUGUGCAGGAGGUAAUGGUAAACGAUCACAAGACAAUGCAAUAGACUAUAAAGUAAACACAUUAAAUGAUGAUUUCUAUGGGAGAUUACUACAAAAACUAAUGCCCCAAACAUCAGAAGAAAAUCUCCCAUUUCAACAUGUUGAAUUGAACAGAAAUACUCUCCCCGACGGCCCGAUCUCGCUACCAUAUAGAGGUGUACUUCCCAUGAGUGAAUCAGGAUCGGACCCAGAAUCAUAUGAACUUUCCUACGACUACAAUCCGAAGUCAAGAGACGCUCUGCGUGGACUCCUACAAAAACUAGAUGGAAGGAACAAGAAGCACUGACGGGGAGAAAGGGAUACUUGAUAAGUGUCUCGUUAUAAAGAAUCAGAGAAAUAAGACGACUAAAUGGAUCAUCAAAGAAGAUUUCAAGCAGAUUCCCUUGGCUUUAUUCACACAUGGAGAAAUUAUAAAUGGGCAUUGCCCUGAAAUAAAUAUUUUAUUUUAUACAAUUACAACCAAAUCUCGAGGAUUGUGAAGGCAAUAUCAAAGAAGGAGACCAAUUAAGCCUUAUGUUUUAAGUAAAAAUGUUUAGAACUUCUUAAAUGAGCCGAUAUUAGAUUUUAGAGUAAAAAUAAAAUCUAAAAUUGAGAUGAAAUUUUCUGAGUGACACCUUGUAUACAACGCCAAGGUGUUUACAUCUGUUAAACCAAAUAAUGAUGAUAACUAAUUGGACCAUUUUUUACAUUAAUCCUUUGAGCCUAUAUUAGUAGACCUUGUAUUGCAAUAGAUGAUACCCCCUUUAUCCCCUUUAAUAGGAUAUUACAUUUGGUAUGGAAAAAGACAUGUACAUUGUACAGAGUGUCAAAUAACCCCCCCCCCCCCCUAGCUUUAACAUCCACAUAAU